AUGCUGCUGACGCAAACAUCACAGAGCGACUACGAGGACCUGUGCAGGCUUGACAUACUAGGGCUUGCAGACACACCAGAACAUGACCAGAGCAUAGUGCACGCAGAAUUUAAGGAACAACUACAACGCUCACCGGAAGGAUGGUAUGAAACCGGACUACCAUGGCGAGGCAAUCAUCCAGACCUACCAACAAACGAACAAGGAAGUAUACGACGCCUGUCAAGUCUGACCAGAAAACUGCAGCGCAUUAACCUCAUCGAUGAGUACGACGCCAUUAUACGAGAGCAACUCCAGAACAAAGUAGCUGAAGUUGCACCAGAAGAAAUCGUGGGGAAAGAAUUCUACAUCCCACACAAAGGAUUGGUUAGAGAAACGGCUGAAACGACCAAGAUGCGCAUAGUCUAUGAUGCUUCUGCAAGAGCAACACCAGAGUCACCGUCGCUGAACGAGUGCCUUUAUCCUGGUCCUCCAUUGCAAAACAAGCUUUGGGACAUACUAGUGAUACUGAGAGCAUACCCCAGAAAGCCUUCUUGCAAAUACGCAUCCGGGGGUGUGAACGUGAUGCAUUAA